GUAUCUAGGGAGGAGGAGGAGGAGGAGUGGGAGGAAACUUGUGAAGAAAAGCAAGCCUGGCGAGGCUUGACUGACGGGGAUGCCGGCAGGACUACCCAGGUCUCCUCUGCCGCAAAGGCUGCUCCCGCUGCAAUGAAUGAGGAGGGAGGAGGAGGAGGAAGACGAAGAGGAGGCUGCUACUGCUGCUGCCGCUCCGGUGAAGCACAAAUCCACCGCAUCUCCUCCUCCUCCUCCAGCAGCAGCAGCAACCGGGAAAGCGGCUUACAUCACAAUCCGGGCUUGAGCUGCUGCUGCUGCUGCGGGGAUUGCGGCGGCCUUCCUUUCUCCCCGCGGCCGAGGAGGAGGAGGAGGAGGAGGGCGAGGAUGUCCUCCUCGGCGGGUGAGGAGCUCCUCCAGGCGGACGACCCUCGCCCAGGGCCCCGGGGCCGCUCGCCUUCCGCCUUGCUUCGCCGCAAAGGAGGAGGAGGAGGCGGCGGAGGCGGAGGAGGGAGGAAGGCGCCGCUGCUCCGCUGGGACGAGGUGCCGGACGACUUCGUGGAGUGCUUCAUCCUGUCGGGCUACCGGCGGCUCCACCUGACGGCGCAGGAGUGCCUGGCCUCGGUGGUGCAGCCCACCAACGAGACGCUCAACUUCUGGACCCACUUCAUCCCCCUGCUGCUCUUCGCGGGGAAGUUCGGGCGGCUGCUGCUGCUCCGCGGGGCGGGCGGGGGUCUCCCCUCGGACCACCCGGCCCUGCGCCCGCUCUGGUGCUACGCCUCCGGGGUGCUGCUCACCUUCGCCAUGAGCUGCACGGCCCACGUCUUCAGCUGCCUCUCGCUGCGCCUGCGCGCCGCCUUCUUCUACCUGGACUACGCCUCCAUCAGCUACUAUGGCUUCGCCAGCACUGUGGCUUACUACUACUACUUACUGCCAGGGCUGAGCUUGCUAGAGCCACGGACGCUGGGACGGGCCUUGCAGCAACACCUAGGCUGGCAGGUGGACUGUCGGGGCGCCAUCGCGGCCUACCGCGCCCUAGUCCUGCCUGUGGCCCUGGCCCUAGCCGUGGCCUGCACCGUGGCGUGCUGCAAGAGCCGGGCCGAGUGCUGCGCCUACCCCUUCGCCGUCCGCACCUUCGUCUUCGUCAUGCCGCUCAGCAUGGCCUGCCCCAUCAUGCUGGAGAGCCUCUUCUUUGACCUGCGGGACCGGGACCCUACCCUCUUCGUCCACUUCUACCGCCGCUACUUCUGGCUGGUGGUGGCCGCCUUCUUCAACGUCAGCAAGAUCCCCGAGCGCAUCCAGCCGGGCCGCUUCGACAUCGUGGGACAUAGCCAUCAGCUCUUCCACAUCUUCACCUUCCUCAGCAUCUACGACCAGAUGUUCUACGUGGAGGAAGGGCUUCAGAACUUCCUCCGCAAGCCACCGGAGGCCUUGCCCACCUUGGCCGGCACCUUGGGCUACAUGCUGGUCUUGAUGCUCUGCCUGGCCCUGGUCGUCCGGCGCUUCCUCAACGUCCCGGGCGCCUGCAAAGAGGAUUGAGGCAGCCUUCUGCCCUCCAUUGAGGGGACACGGUCCAGGUUCUUAAAUAAAACAUGGGUAGUUUGUUCUAAAACCUUGGCCUCCGCUGCAGAACUCCCUCCACACGGUUGGUUCUUCCAAUGAGGGAAGGAAGGUGAGCUCUGGAGUUGUCCCAUUGAGCGCCAAACUCCUUGUCGGAAGCUUGUGUUUUGCUUGAAACAAAGGUCGGGCUUUCAGAAAAGGCAGUCAAGCCAUUGUACUGUAUACAAUCCAUUCUGUUUAUUGCUUCCCAAUCGAGAGCGCCCAACUCCAUGUAGGAAACUUGCGUUUUGCUUGAAACAAAGGUCUGGUUUUCAGAAAAGGCGGUCAAGCUGUUGUACUGUACACAAUCCAUUCUAUUUAUUGCUGCUUCUCAAUCGAGCGCCGAACUCCGUGUCGGAAAAGUGUGUUUCGCUCGAAACAAAAGGUCGGGUUUUCAGAAAAGGCGGCCGAGCCGUUUGUACUGUAUACAAUCCAUUCUAUUUAUUGCUGCUUAGGAUACAAAAAUAAGCCAUUUAGAACUAUUGCUUGAAAUCUCCUCCAAAUUGAUCCUCUGUGCAUUAUUUGAUAGUAAGCCUCGUGGACUUAUGCCCGGCUUACGUCCAGCUAAUGUACUUAGGAUCAGGGUUUCAGGGGAACAAUAUGCAUGGACCACGUGAAUGCUAGCUACUGAUGUCAGACUGUCAGCUCUAGGAGAUGUCGUUUCAAUUAGCAAUAUACAGUAGACCUGCACUGAUGAACAAUUGCAGUUUGGAAUCAAAUCCCGUAUGUAUUUCCUUGGCCUGUUAUGCGCUCAAGAAUGUGUCUUCUGCUAAAGCACUUGGAAGUCCUAUGCACUGGAACUAGACUUUUGACACAAGAUCACUUUUGUGCAUUUGUAGUGAUGUUGGCCAGAAGGCAAAUGUAACUCUGAAUGUGUUGUCGAAGGCUGUCAUGGCCAGAAUCACAGGGUUGCUGUGAGUUUUCCGGGCUGUAUGGCCAUGUUCCAGAAGCAUUCUCUCCUGACAUUUCACCCACAUCUAUGGCAGGCAUCCUCAGAGUUUGUGAGGUCUGUUGGAAACUAGGCAAGUGGGGUUUAUAUAUCUCUGGAAUGUCCAGGUUGGGAACAAUGGAACAUAACCAAAUAGCCCGGAAAACUCACAGCAACCCAAUAACUGUGAAUUAUAGUAAAUCCAGGUUAUAAUUUGAUCAAAAGCUGCUGGUCAAGCAACAAAACAGAGCUUGUAUAAGUGAUGUGGCUGCAGACAGACUGAAAGAGAGAAACCCUGCAUCUUACAGGACAUUUUGUACUGUGAAUUGGACACCCGGUUGUAAUUACAUAAUUAGUGAAAGGUCAGUAUUUGAAUAGGUGACAGCACGUAGGUUCAAAAAAUGACUGCAGUGGGGCUGCUGUUUAGAACGAAUGCAAAAGCCUGUUUGUCAACAUAGCUCUGCAUUGGCUGGGGGUGAAAUGGAUGGAGGCCCUGCAAUGAAAGGGCUAGCAAAAGCCAUCCCUAAUAGGAGAGAAAUGCUAUGCUGACUCCUGUAUGAAGCUUUCUUUACAUAGCAUACCAAAGUGUGCACUGUUACCCCAGCGUAAUGGCUUUUGAUCUGGCAUUUGGCACCAACAAGAUUCAAACCAGAAUUGUGGACACACAGGGUUUUUAAGAAAGUCCUGCCAAGUACAGGACCUAAUCACCAGCAAUGUCAAUUGAUUUGCACUGUCCUUUAUUCUGGAAUAACAGCCACUGAGUUUUCAUGCCCUUCUGAUUUGUUUACACAAGGAGAGGGAAUAAGUCAGAGUUUUCCUGAGGGGGAAUUUUCCAAACAAACCUUGGCAAAUUCUUACCCCAACUGGUGAGAGUGGCAGUGUUCUUUGGCCUUGGCGGUUUUAUGGAGAAGUGUAGUAGCCUAUGGACAAUUCAGGGUCCUUGAUAAACCCGUGUAAAGCACUGGAAUUCUUGCUCAUGUUCACCGUGACAAUAUCUCAGGGCUAUAAUGUUGGUUCAGCUGCUUCUGAAUUCUGAUUGUAUUUAGAAAUCAAUAGUAAACAAAACAAGACUCGUAGUAGUAUAGAAAUGAAAUUCAAAGAUAUCCUGUGUUGAGAAAGUUGUGGAUGCAGAUAUCACACUUUUUAUUUCAAGGAGAAAAGUUGCUUUUAAAAGCCUAACAGAUUGUAAUCAUUGUGGCAUAAGCUCUUAUGGUCAAGGUGUAUGAAGUAUUACCCUCAUUUGGUGGAUGGGUGCAUACAAUAUUUAUCAUUGUCUUUGGGUAGAGCUGGAAUAGAGAGUGCAUACUUCUGCAAGGCUCGGGGAUAUACAAGAUUAGUAUAGGGCCCUUCCACACAGCUCUAUAUUCCAGAAUGUUAAGGCAGAAAAUCCCACAAUAUCUGCUUUGAACUGGGUUAUCCGACUGAGUCCACACUCAGAUAAUGUGAGAUUUUCUGCUUUGAUAUUCUGGGGCUGUGUGGAAGGGCCCGUAUAGACCAAUCUCUGGGAACAACCCAAAAGAUGUUGCAGAAGAUGAAGAACAAGUUGAUCCACUCACCUCUCCCAUUCCUCUAACAAAAGUCAACCCAAUACUUGUGAUGGGGCAGCAUUUUCCACCUCAUCUUAGGGUAGGAGGCUAGUAGGACAGCCACAUGGGACACAGAGCUCUGUCCUUCAGCAGGACUGAAUGAUCAAAGGUAGCAGCUGCUGCUGCUCACUCCAUGCCAUUUAUCAUCCGCUGCCAGUGGCAACUGCCUCACUCCACUGAAUGGAAUGGCCAGCCCUGACAUUCUUAGUACAGUGUUUCAAGAUAAUGUACUCUUUCUAGCUUUGCUUAUUCAAACUGAAAGCUGAGUGGGAGAGAGACAUUGGGUCUAGUUGGGAUCUAAAUGAAUAUGGAAUCAAGCUUCUACAGUCUUAUUACACUGCGUGACAUGAUUUUUGUUCCUGGGCUGUAAAUGUCAUUUCCCAACUGAUUCUAUUAUACAAACAUGGGAAAAAUUAUUAAAUUGCAAAAACGUUGUUUUUGCAGGAUACCCUGCAGCACAUUUUGCUAUAGUUUUUCAAUGAAUAUCUCAUAGAAUCUCCACCAAUCCAACAUCCUUUGUGGCAGCCACAAAAUUAAGUUUCUAGAGUAUAACAACUACUUUUGAAAGUACAUACCACACAAUUAAACAGGAAAUAACACUUUCAAACCAGGAACUGGGGGGGGGGGGGAAUCACAUUUUGUUACAUAGUGUUACAGUGUGGCAGAUUCCUAGUGAAGGAGGGCUGGCAAAGCACACCCCUUUAGAUUUUUUCCCCCGACUGUAUCUUCUAAUUGCCUUUAGGAACCUGGUUACACAACUAGAAUUGUUGGGAGUCAUCCAACCCUGUGCCUGAGUCUCAUGUUCAAGUCAGAAGUAAUAUAGUGGGUUUCAAGGUCAGCAGGACGCUUUGAGAGAUUUAGGCCAUUAAAAGAAUAAACAGAAAUCUUCUUCUGGGGCUCUUUUGCACCAGAUAGUUAUAGCAUCCCAAUUCCUCUUGAAGUGUCUUGGUCCCAUCUUAUGGAAACCUGAGGUUUGUAGUUUAGUGAGGCACUACAGUUCCUCACCUGAGACAGAUUAGAGAGAUGGGCCAAAACUAACGAAAUGAGGUUCAAGAGGGACAAAUGCAAGAUACUCCACUUAGGCAGAAAAAAUGGCAUGUAAGGAGACAGAUUGGGAACAACAGCAGUACACAUGAAAAAAAUCUUGGAGCCCUUGUGGACAACAAGUUAAACAUGAGCCAAGAACGUCACACAGAGACUUAAAAAACCAAUGGGUUUUUGGCCUGCAUAAAUAGGAGUACAGUGUCUAGAUCCAGGAAAGUAAUGCUACCCCUCAAUUCUGCCUUGGUCAAACCUCAUGGGUUGAAUGGCCCAUGAAGCCUCUUUAAACUCUAUGAUUGUAUAAUUCCAAGUUCCUCUCCCAAAGUGUAAAUCCCAGGAUUCCAUAGGAUGGAACCAUGGCAGUUAAAAUGUAAUCAUAGCACUAUAGUUGUACAGUGUGAAAGGGCCUCUGGUAUCAAAACACACUUCUGUAAAAAAUAAGUUCUUAAGUGCUUUGCUUUGGUCAGCAGCAAUGGUGGCUAGAUGAUUCUGAGAUUUGUAGUUUAAAAAAAAUCCUGCAGGACUCAAAAGAACUGUUGAUAACAAGGUGUCUUGGAGGUCACACAUUCAUAAGGUUGCCAUAUGGUUGAAGCUGAGCUGAUAGCAAUUAGCAACAAAACCACACGAAGUAUGCAUGAUUUUGGGGGUAGGGAGUCCUUAGGGCAGCCCUUCCAAGCUCAUGGGCUUACAAACACUUGAACAGGGGCAUUCUUAGGUGGUGUAAUUGUGUUGUCUGAGCUGAUAAAGCAGCAGAGGCUGUAGCAAAAUUAUUGAGAGCUUGCACCUAGUUAUAGAUGCCUUUUUUGUUACGGGUACAUUAACUAUAUUAGAGAACAGCCUUUCUGCUCAAGACCAAUGAGAGAAAAACAUCCUUGUCCAAAACAGCAUCCAUCAUCACAAAAGCUUUGGGCAGAGGCCUGCCUUUUCCUGCCAACAAAACCAUUAGUCAUCUACCUAACAGAUUUUGGGAAAGUUUGGAAUUUUGUUUUCACUACAGGCUACCAAAUUCUCCAGCCAACAUAGCCACUAGUUAUGCUGGCUGUCAGAUUAUGGGAAGUUUAGUCCAAAAUACAUCUUCAAGCUCCAACAACUAGCAGGACCUGACCUAGUCUUUUCCUCCAAAAUUCUCUGUACAUUUGGCUGCAGUAUUUAGAAAGCAAUAAACACUCAUGCUUUCUAAGGGAUUCAUUUGCCACUUACCUGAAAAGUAUGCUUUUCCAUCAACAAAACAUUUAGUGGUGACUCCAUAAAGUUGCCAAACUAGCACUUAUCAGAUGUGUGAUUCUGUUAAUUGAGGAGCAAGUUGGAACUAAGAUUUUUCUCUUCUGCUCUAGGCAUUUAAUUGGCAUCCUAAAAUCUUGAAGAUUGCAUUAAGAACAAUUACAGCAGUUUGCAUGGCUAGUGUGUUCCUUUUGCAAACUUUAGAGUGAUUCACAAAAGUUUGGCAAGUCUACAUUUCUUUCAUUUCACAAUCUUGUGUCUCCAAUUCUGUGAGGAUACCAGUUUAUGAUUAUGAUGAAGAGAGUUACACUCCACCAAAACAUAUGCUACAGUAAAUCUGUAUAAAAGACUUUGCCCCUGCAACAUGUUAAUUUGUCUACCCCAAUUUAUUUAUAUACAUGACUCCAGUCCACAAUCCUGCGUCUUCAGAUUUUAAUUCUGUUUGCCUGACAGAAAAAAACACACUUGUUUGACCUGAAUAAAUAAUUUUUUAAACUGUCAAUGUGAGGAUAGCAACAUUAUCAUUUUGGGAAGUGAAACGUUUACCAAUAAUUUAGCCAAAGGAAGAAUGUAAUUCUGUAUUACUUUUACAACCUUUCUCUGUUCCUCUGGUGCCUCCUAAUUUGAUGUACUGUAGUAGUAAAUAGGCAUUAAGAGUCACUUAAUCUUUGAAUGUGGAUAGUCUGGAGGGCUUUUAAAAAAAAACCCUUGGUGACUCUAAUUACUAUUUCUUAUCAGAUGUACAAAUAGAGGCACUUUUUUCUUAUGAAGAAAGCCUGGGGUGGUUCUGGCUUUUGAAAGUUGUUCAGUGACGAACAGCUGAUUUGAUUCCUGACCAGACAUUCUGUCAGUAUUCAUCUCAUUUUUAAGUCUGUAAAGCAGACAGUAUCUUUCGGAGGCAGGAGGAAGGGGGCAGGCAAAGCCAGGACUGUAAUCCAACUAGGUAUGACAGAUAUAUUACAUAACAAUGUGGCAUCACCAGUAACAUGCAGCAAGGAAAUCAGACUGUGUAGUAAUGGAGGCAUGAUUGUCAUUGCUGGAAAUACAGGGUGUAAUUUAUUAGUGGAUUAUUAUUGAUUUGACUGAGAAAUAUCCAGUUACCUCAUUGACCAAAUUUCAUAAAUAAGCAUGAGCACACACUCCCUAAACAGUGAUAUUUAACAAUGGUUUGUUUUGCUACAACAUGGCUGUGUUGUGUUUGAGAACAUAAACCAUGAUGGUGUUAAUUCACAUGGCUUGCUGCAAACUUCGGCCCUCCAGGUGUUUUGGACUUCAACUCCCAUAAUUCCUAACAGUCCCAGGCCCUUUUCUUCCCCACCUCAGCCACUUAAGCUAAAUGUUAUGCUAAUCAAAGAAUGCUUAAGGACAUUUUUCAGCCUCUUCAGCUUCUUAGUCUAAACAGACCAGAGUUGAUUUCACUGUAUGUGAGAGUAGAGAAGUUACUAUUUUGGACCACAGUUUGCAGGAUCCCAUGGCAACCAUGACCAUUGGCCUUGUUGAAUAUAUAAUUCUGAGUUUUAGUUUUUAAAAGUUUAUUGUUGUUUUUUAUUCAUUCAGUCACUUCUGACUCUUCAUGACCUUAUGGACCAGCCCACACCAGAGCUCCCUGUCCGCCAUCACCACCCUCAGCUCCUUCAAGGUCAAGCCAGUUACUUCAAGGAUACAUCCAUCCAUGUUAUUUUUCUUCUUUGUAUUUUAUUUUGCUGUACUGUAA